AUGGCGCAAGCCCAUGGCCUUAGGCUUGUCGACGGCGAGUGGGUCUCUAUGCCUAUCGACGCUUUUCAUAUCUUGGCCAACACUCAGCAAAAUGACACCAAGAUGCCUAAUGUCGCCCCCAAGGCUGCUCAUCGGGUGCCCGAGUAUGGAAUACUAUCGCAGACAGUCAUCACUACUCCUCUAAACAAGCUCAUUCUGCCCGCCAACAUACGCCACGGCGACUUGGUUGAUGUUGUCAUUGUUGGCGAGGACUACAUACAUCUCAAGGAAAUUCGUGAUCAUGGCCGUAUCCGCCAUGUGGCCACCAAAACUGACUUCAACGGCGGCCGUAUCAUAACCGCCAAGGUGUUCGGCCAUCCACGCGAGGUGCCUAGCACGAAAAUUGGCGGCCUCCCUUUGCCAAAGACCGACUUGAAGCAGAUAUCACGACGGCCAGCAAGUGAACGGAAGACCCAUUUGCCCCCAGAAGUCGUUGUACUCACUCUCUCCAAUAGGACGCUCAUGUUCUUGUGGGCCCAACAUACUCACACAGGUCUGAGCACUUUCACACACAAGACUGUCAGAUUACCCGCAGGGAGCUCACGGUUUGAUCGUUUCGGCAGUAUCCUAGCUGUCGAUCCCCAGUGCCGGGCAAUAGCUGUUGCAGCGCAUGAGGGUCGCUUCAUCCUCUACAAAACCAAGUCCAUGGCGGCUUGGGAAGCCGAGGCUAACAAAGGCCGCGAGAUGCCAACAGCUAUUGAAGAUGAGCGUAUCAUAUCAGUCCAGGGGCAAAUCAUGCACAUGGACUUUCUAUCCCCUGGAGAAGAUGAGUAUCACGUUGUUCUUCUUUUAGUCAUUGUUCUCGAUGGCCGAACAAGGCUUUCUUGCUUUGAUUGGGAUUGUAGGCAGGGUCUUAGCGAAGCAGCAGCACGCACAGAGCGGUAUUAUGUUCAAAAGGAGGACACUAUGCCUUCACUCCUAAUCCCUCUCCGCCGUAGCCCUGAUUUCCUCUUGGUUUUCGAUGAGCACAUUUCCGUAUACAAAAAUAUCCUCUCCGGAGACCCAGCAUGUACGGUGGUGCCUAUCGAUCCGAGCUUGCUCAUUCCACUCCUACCAGGUGACAGUAAAUCAAGACCAAAAUGGACAGCGUGGGAUAAAACCCUACGCAAUCCAGGCUACCCGAAAGAGAGCUUCUACCUAGCAAGAGAGGAUGGACGUAUCAUAUAUCUGGUCAGAGGACCAGCUGGGACUGUAGAAAUGGAUGAGGUCGGCGAAUGGUCACAUCGCAUCGACACUGCUUUCGCAUGUUUGCGGAUUGAUAGCUCUGAGACUUCGCAGCAGUAUCCGGAUUUCCUGAUUGCUGGCGGGGCUAGCAACGACGGUCUGCUAUGCAAGGUUGGACCAUGGCUAACCGAGUAUUCCCAUCACAAACCGAGGACGAAUUCAUUUUCGUACAUUGAUUCGAUGCCCAAUUGGACGCCUCUUACAGACUUUGCAAUUACCAAGCUUUCUACUCCACGCGCCUCCAGUGAGCGUCAGUGGGCUUCGAUAUUCGUUGCCAAUGGAAACAGUCCGCAUGGAGAAAUUUCCGAGCUCAGACACGGAGUGCAAGCCACAGUGGACGAUAGUUUCAGUGGAGUCAAUGGCUGUGCGGGCGUAUGGGUCGUCGAUCACGGGAGUCACGUGGUUGAUAUUGAAGGCAUAAUGACAAGACAGCAUUAUGCAACAUUGACAAUAACACUCCCACCAGAGACCCUUGUGAUUCGUAUUGUACGCACGCAACCGGAGUGUGACAGAGCCUUCUCUGGCGCUUGGGAACUAGGCUCGUGGGACAAGUUCCAGACACCGAGCGACGACGACCCACUUGAAGACAGCCUUGCGCGAGAUGAGGAGACAAUAUCUGCAUGCCCUUGGGCAAGGAAUGUAUCGAUUCAGAUUACAAGGAAAGAAGCUCGCACGCUCCUUCGACCAACAUUGCGCCAAGUCGACAUACUGAGAUUUGAAACGUCACUCUUGCUAGCUGCUUCUCGCCCUACGCAUCCGUUCAUCGCAAUUGUUUUUCGUGAGCAGGGACGCAUAUUCCUAGAGAUUGUACCGAUAUCGGAUGACGGCACCUUCGACAGGACAGCCAAUUUCCGUCAACAGCUGCCCUACGAUCCCACAUGUGUUGAGAUAUUGGAGAUUGGGGGUAUAUCAUACGUGUUUGUCAGCACCUUUGAUUGCAAAAUGAUGCUUUUCAAACACCACGACCGUCAGACGUCUUUGGUGAUGGAAGGUACCUGGGACCAAGAUUUGCCCGGCGGUUCACAGAAGCUCUGUGAGAGUGUCGCGGUCUUAAGCUCAAAUGACCAGCACAUCCUAGUCUGUGGAAUGCGGGACGGCACUCUUUUGAGCUCUGCAUUGGAGAUACGAGACCAAAGAAUCUCCCCUAUUUCUUGGACAUGUACGCACGUCGGUACAACCCCAGCCAAGAUUACCAAUAGUGAGACUGAUGCCUCUUCUGCAUUUGUGUCCUGUGGUUCAGAUUUCUGUCGGGUACAAUUUCCCAGAAAUGGGUCAUUAGAUCUCGAGAUUGACUGCAUAUGGUUCACCGACCGCACACAACCUGAUUAUGACCAGUCUCCAGUAUCCGCUCUAUAUCAGCUACCCUUCCUCCCAGAGUUGGAAAAGUUUGGAAGAAAUCUUGGGGGCUUUUUGUUCGUUGUUGCGGGUGACCGUCUCCUUUUCUCCCAACUUGAGUCGGACAUCAGAUGGGCAGGUGACAGCACACCUACCCAACCCUUCUGUGACUCCAGAAUGGUCCCAAGAAAGAUUAUUACAGGCGCUAAGCCUACAAGCAUACUGUAUAUGCAAAAACUGCGGCGGGUUGUUGUCUCAACGAUGGAAGCAAAGGAAAGUCAUGCACCACCACAUGGCGAGCGGGUCUUACACUCGUCAAUCAAACUGCUUGAGGUGCGCGAUGAUAGAUCAACCAACGAUAUGGAAAUAAAACAAGAGGAACGAGACGGCGUUCCAGAACAAUUAGUCGUAGCCCAGUUCUCGCUACAGUACGCGGAAAGAGUAUAUACUAUGGUCGAGUGGCAAUUUGUCACUCAGCGGGAUAAAAAGUACUCUCUGAUCAUUGUAGGCACGGGUGUACAAGUGGGAACAAGCCGACAAACCGGGAGGCGACUGAUCUUCAAUACUGGAAGGUCAGGCUCUAAGCUAGAGCUACAAAAACAGUCUACCUACGACCAACCAGUCUAUAGCAUUGCAUUAUGGGACAACAAAACUACUGUUGGUGUCACUGGAAGAAAGUUGUUCAUGGAACAAUUCUGUGAGGAUGACGGAAGGUGGACUCAAUGCGCAUGGAUAGAACUUCCUUCACCUGGCAUACAUGUUUCCGUUGAACGUCCUUAUGUUUACGUAUCAACACUCCAGCACUCCCACAUGUGUUUUCAGCUAGUGGAUAGGGACCGCCCUGGUGUUUUCGUUUUUAUCCCACGAUUUUCCGAUAGCGGUGUGCGCAACUGCUCGCGGCAUCUCGUCAUGGACGUGCCGAGUGUGAGUGACGAAAAAAGGGACCGUUUCGUACUUGUCACAGAUAAGAAGAGUAGUUCAGUGGCCGCUCUCUAUCACCCGCCCGAACACACCUACAGUAACGCAUCGGAAACGCUGUUUGAAGCGUGCCUUCCCCGCGCUGUAGUGCGUAUCGAUCGCGGUGACAUCCGUCCGCCAUGGCGUCGAGCAAACCAUAGUGGCAAGAUCGCUGGUGUUCUUGCAGACGACGUCUUCGGUGCUUGUACCGACGGCACCAUCUUUGCCUUUUCUAUCCUCUCUCAGUCAUCACGCCAUCUCUUGCGCUUGGUACAGAAUCUCAUUGAAGUCAAAACAUCGCGAUCCGCCGUACACCAACACGACAAGGUCAAGCCUCGAAGCGGAGACAUCUUCCGUAUUCUCAUGAACGAUACUCCGGGGGCUCAACAUGGCGACAUCAUGAUAAGAGAUGUAGAUCCGAGACACCUGGAACGUGCUUCUCAACGUGGACCACGGCAUAAACACGUCGAUGGCGAUUUACUCAAGCGAUGGCUGAGUGAGAGCGACAGCGACGUACAAAGUCUAGUUUGCAACGGCGUUGAUACUGAGAUUAGCAAGCUGUUCGAGGAGUUGGCGCGAGAUGUUUGUGGUGAAGAGUCGGAUGGCAAGGGGAAGGGGAUGAAGGAAGAUAGAGAGGUGUUUGAGCAGGUGAAGAGGUGGAUGUGGAAUGUACUCAUGCCCUUGCUGUGA